UAUACGGGUUGAGUUAUACAGUACAGUUUAAUAAGGGAUUCUGGAUCAUGGGUAGUAACGGAUCAGUCGUUUAAAUAUACCUGAAUAUAUUUGAGCAUGACCUGGCAUAUGAAGAUAUUUCUAACAUAUAUAUCUGGUGCUUUGUUAUUGCUUACAACUAUUUAAGAGCGUGUACUGACACAAAUCCGAACACUUUUGGAGGUUUUUUACAAUUAUCUUGGAGAGUUUUUGAUGGAAAUGAAAUGAAGAAAACGGCAUCAAACUCAUAAUAAUUUAUUGAUGCAAUAUGCUUUAACCCUGGAUCCCGAUCGGAAUAAAUACCCAUUUGUACGUGAAGGAUUUGCCAUAUCACAUGUUGUAAAGAAAAAUCCGUCAACGCACAAUUAUUUGGACUAUUGUGUACAUGUUUACAAAUAUCACACAUGGAACAAUUUUACUGAUGGAAAUGCACUUUGGAUGAAACAACAUCAAAUAAAUAGGUAAAAUCUAAUAGCUUGUACAAGGAUGGAUGAGAAUUUGCUGGGGAAGGCCAUAGAGGGCCAUGGGCCGGACUUUCUCCGUCAGCUUCAACUGGAACAGGAGAAAGUUCCUCCGAACAUCUUCCUCUACCUCCAGAAGCACAGACCAUACAUGCCCGAGAUAAACGACCCCCAGUUCAUCCUAAAUGUGAGAAGAUUUGUGGCUAAGAAAGCUGAUAUCCUUUUCCAGCCAUACGAUGGCAUGGAGAAGAAAAAGUUUGAGGCAAAUGAUGAUGAAGAUUCAUAUGCAAAGAUGCCACCAAUUGAAACAUUCAUGGGAGUUGAGCCGCACACAACUAGGUCUCAUUUUUUCUAUAGUGUGGUUGCUGGAGACUUUGUGGUUGGCGUUGUGACGUCUAUCGUGGACAGUGGACUCCUUCUUCGCCUCCUGUGUAUGGAGGAGGGCCAUAACAGAGACAUUGACGACCUCAACAUCACUUGUUUUGUGCCGUGCAAGGAGAUUCCAAAGAUGUUUCCGACCCAGAAUCCGGUGGAAGGGUACCAGGUCAAGGACUUCAUUAGAGGUGUGGUUGUGAAUGUGAAUCCGGAGAAUGAGAACAUCCUCAUUUCCCUCAUCGACCAUGGCCAGACAACGGGUGUAAAGUCUUCAUACACCCUGGGUCUUAUUCAUGAGGAAGAUUUUCCAGUUCAGUACAGGAGAAAACUGCACAUCAGGGGACUGACAUUUGAUGAGCUUGUUAAUUCCAUUUUGGGGUUCACAAAUCCGGGAAAUGUGUCGUAUCUUCUGGGAGUGCUACGUCAGAAACAGGAAGCAUCGCUCAUGAGAGGGCUGCAUCGGCUAGCAAUCCCAGAAAAAGAGUAUGCUGAAAGCCUGAAGAAACAGCAGUCCCAGAAAUGGGCAUAUGCAUGUGUUGCUGAGGGGGUGGCCUUCUUCAAGGAGGGACGUGAGACAGAGGCAAUGCAGAAACUGAACAAGGCACUUCAGAUUGACAAAACCAAUGUUGAGGCACUGGUGGCCAGGGGUGCACUGUAUGCCAAUACAGAGAGCUACACUCGAGCCCUUGAAGACUUUGAGGAAGCCCUUACCUUGAACCCCAAACACCCAAAUGCCAUCAAAUACAUGCAUGAAACGCUACUAGCCAAGGGCAAAACACAUGAAGAUGAGCAUGGCUACCUUGCAGCAGAAAAAUGUUACAUGCGAGCCAUAGAAGUGAUGCCAGACUCACAGGAAGCCAAGGAGUCUCUCCGAUAUGUCCUGUACAAACAGGAGAGUGAGAGUGCCAGGGGAUCAAAGCGUGGAAGGUCCCCACCCCCAACCUACACACAGGAAGAUAUGGACCACUCUCUCCCUUUCAAGGAAACAACUGACACACUGAAGAAACUCAUCAAGGAUGAACAGAGAAGCAAGAAGAGACACUCGUAUGACAAUGAAUCUCUUGAUGAGAAUUUGGCAAAAAGUCAAAUGUCACAUCACAGGCAGAGUUUAAGUUCAUCAAGUUCCUCCAGUUCGAGAAGUAGAUCAAGAUCAAAAAGUAACAGAAGGAAGACAUCCAGGUCAAGGUCACCGAAUAGGGAUAAUACUUCAAGAGGUCAGAGAACUAGGUCAGAGACACCAAAAUAUGAUAAGAGGGCUGAAUUUGAUAUGAAAAAAGGGCGGAUGUCUGGCUUUGAAAGAAGUCCUCUACGAAAUAAGUCCCCAGAUAUACAAAAACCUAGAGCGUUCAAAAAAAGUUCUGAGAAACAUGAGUUUGAUCCUAAAAAAGGUUAUGAUGCUGAUAGAGAGAGAUACAAAUACAGGGGAAGGGAAGAAGUUGAGGAAGAGUAUAAGAGAGUUGAAGAGAGGUACAGGGAGAGAAAAGAUCUCAGAGAUAGCAGGAGGGAGUCAUAUGACAAAUAUGAGAGGAAACAGGGAUACAGAGACUCGCCUGAGCAUGGGUCUGGGGGUCACAAGAUAGAUCGACUACAGAUCAACCAAGACAGGUCAGUGAGUGUGACACCCACUAAAGAUGAGGUGUCUGAUCGUCUCGGCCUCGAAGACAUAUCCCCAGAGGAGCAUGACUCAAGGUAUGAUGACUACCACAUGAGAGCCUAUGGUGGGAAAAAGGAGGAUCAUAGAAGAGAAUAUGAAAAGAAGGACUAUGAUAGAAAUAAUGAUAUAGGUAGACAUAACGGUAAGAGAGGAAGGCAGUGGGAUAUCCAAGAGCGAAGUGCGAAAUCAGUAAGAGCUUACAAGAGGGAAUCUUAUGAUAGGCGCAAAUAUGGUGAGAGCUUUGAUGAAAGUGGUCAUGCCUCUGAGUCAAGUAGAAAUGAUCAGGAUGGACCUGGCAAUCAGGAGAGGAGGAUCAUAUCUGUGGUCAAGAAAAAAACUGAAGCUGCUGACAAGCUAGAUAACAACAAAAGGAAAUCAGGGGCAUACUUCGAUUCAGAUUAUAACCAAGAAAUAAGAAGUAUUAUGGUAGGGAAGAAAAAACCUGAUGAUAGAAGAGAAUCACUUUCUCCUCGAGGAAGUGGGGAGAUAGAUGACAGAGGCGACGGAAAGUGGAAAAGAACAUUUUCAGAGAGGCAAGCUAGAUCAAGGUCUCCUAGACACAGUGAUAAAAAACAUGAAGAAAAAGGCCAGGCUUUUGAAAGAGAAAGUGAACGAUCAUAUGGAAGAGAUAGAGAUAGUGAAAGAUCAUAUGGAAGAGAUAGCAGUAGAGAUGUAAAGAAGAUAAGGUCUUACUCUAGAAGCAGGUCACCAUCUCCAAGAUAUGGUAAAAGACAGGAGGGGGACAGAAGAGAAGACAGUAGGAAAGAAGAAUACCAAAAGAAAAGUAAUAGAGCAGAUGAAUAUGAAAUUUGUGAAAAGCCUGGGAAGGAUGAAAAAUGGGGUUAUAAUAGGUCACCAGAGCAAGGAGAAACCAGGAGGGUAAUAGCUAUAAAACCCAAGGGAAAAGAUAGUACACAAACAACUUAUAAGAGAUACGAAGAUGUUGGUGAAGACCUUGGACCCAAGCAGGACAUUUUUGCUCCCUCAGGAAAGAAACAAGAACCUACCCAGUCAAAGUUUUCUACCUAUGUUCCAAGAGCUGUUAAACUUAAACACCACCCUGAAAAGAGCCAAAAUCCGGAGAAGGAACCAGAUAUUGACAAACAGGACAACAGGCAACGUGAUUCAAAAGAUGGAAGAGAAACACAAGAUUCUAGACAACAGGAACCAGACUCAGAAGACAUUAAAAAUGACCCAAGGUUUAAAUAUAGACCAAUGACUCCAGAACACAAGCACAAACAAACAAGAAGAUCAUCGUCAAGGGGGAGGUCAUUCAUGAAAUCCAAGCAGGGGCAAAGGAAGUCAUCCAGAUCUGAUUCCAGUUCAAGCAGUUGUUCAAGGUCAAGUGUCAAAGGCAGAAAACGAUCGCAUUCAAGAUCUAGAGACAGGCACCAAAGCUCCCGAAGUCAUUCAAGAGAUAUAAGUCGAAGGAAAAGUGAUCGGUCCUCUUACAGACACAAUGAGCCAGUUGAACUACCAGACAUCAAGAGCAGAUGGGACAGUCCUACGGAUGAUAAGAAAAGUCGUUGGGAGGGGCCAGAAUUGAAGUCUAACAUUGGUAAAGUAUCCAAAGUAGAUACUGUGAAGGAAAUAAACAACUACAUAGCUUCACACAUGAUAUCAAGUUCACCUCCGCCACAUAGAAGAAUGAAGCCUGAAGAGAAGAAAGCACUUCAGGAAAAGUGGAAAGAGCUUAGUCCAUCACCUAUUGUAGAAGAUGAGGAUCUGACAAGCUCACUGAAGGAUCUCGUAGCUAAAAGAGCAGCUGAGGUUGCAGCUAAAUUGUCUGGGAGCAGGGUAGAGGAAAAGCAUACCUCACCUGUUUUAAGGUCAAAUCAAGCCUCUUCAUCUGGUCCUGGAACAAAAGGGGAGAAAAACUUGGAAAAACUGAUGAAACUUAAAGGAUUUCGAUCCAGAUGGGAUGACAAGGGCACUCCUUAUGAUGAGAAUAAAGAGAAGUUUGAAUCACCAAGCAAAAUGAGAAUGAACAAAAUGAAAAGAGAACGAAGAUACAGUGGGAAAAGGGAAAGGUCUUCAUCUCCGUCAAGGUCAAGAUCCAGAAGUAGAAGGUCACAGAGUGGCUCAAGGUCAAGAAGUAGGUCAAGGAGCUGGGAUGGUAGAUCAAGGAGUAGAGAAAGACGUUCAGGUAGGGGAUCAUAUCGGAAAUACUCCUAUGCUUACAAGGACUCUGGUGAUCGAUAUAAACAUGAAAAGGGAGAAAAGAAGGUAUUCUGGUUUCACAAGCAUGAGAUGUCUAAGGGUAAUGAUCCCCCAGCUGUUGGAACCUUCAGGGGUAGAGGAACUUUUUACGGUCGUGGUCAGUUUCAAGGGAGAGGUCAAUUUAGAGGUCAAAAUAGGUUUAUGCGUGGGCGAGGAGGGUUUAGUGAGGGUAGGGGCCGUGGGUCAAACAGUAUCCAAAAGACUGGGAGAGGGGACUGGAAGGGUCAAGGUCAGAUGCAGCCAUACAAUGAGGCUCCACCAAGUAAGUCCCGCUGGUCCAGUGAUGGGGAAUCAGAAGGGGAGGCUGGUAAACAGUCAGCUAAGCAAAAGGAAUCACUUAACGAGUUGGAGGAAUUCUACAACAAACUGAAGACUGACAAGAAGAGAUUGUCUACUGAUGGGAAGGAAGAUAAUUAAAUGUGAUGUGGUAUUCAAUUAAGAUUGAACAAUCAUGGAAUUGUAACAUUAUAAAUGUGUAAAAAGAGGAGUGAUUGUUUUUUUACUCGUAUGACAAACUGAUUUUGUUUUUUUAUUCAGAUUGUUUAAGAUUUUGUGUUACUUUAACUUAAGUUGUUCUGUUUGGAAAGAACACUUGCAGUAUAUUCAUAAAAUAUUGUUUGCCUAAGUUGUGAUGAUGUUUAUUAUUUUUGUAAACCAAAUCUGUAUUGUGUUUAUUUGAGAAGCUUUUAUUACAAAAUAAAUAACGUAGCUUAGGAACUUAACUCACAUUCUUAACACAAACCCUAGCAGAUUAGCAUUAUUAUCUGUUGGGCUUUAUAUUCUGCACAUUUAUUAUUUAAGGAAACAAAAGGAAUAUGUGAGAAAUUCAUGAUUUAAAACAGACUUAACAGAAUUUUUCAGUUUGAUUGCUAUAGAAUAGUACAUAUUAUGAUGAUGUGAAUAUUUAGCAAUAAACAGUUUUUUCCUGUAAGUGAAUUACCUUUGUUUGAAAAUAGUUCAAAAUACCAUUCUGUUGUCUGUAACAAUUGCAUACGAAAUACUUAUGAUCUGCUACAAUUUGUAAAAUUGAUGAAGGUUCAGUAAAGCUUCAUCCAAACAUGUUGAGAAAUAAUGUACAAUAUUUGAUUUCAAACUUACGUAAUAUUCAUGUUAUGCGAGACAAUAAAACUGUGUACUUCAGAAAUA